CCAUCAGCUGAAAGCAUCUCUGGUGUCCUCCACCCUCCCUUUUCUCCCCCUCCCGUCACUCACCCAUCCUCCCCCACUUCUCUCCACACACCGAGCUGCGCAUCGCCUUCUCCGGCAAUAAUGACCAAGGAUUCCCCGGAGGAGAGCCGCGCUGCGAGCGGAGGAGGAGGAAAAAUGAGGAGAAACCGAGCCGACGACAAUGUGACCAUCCUGACAUCCUCCAUGGACUUCCACAGAGCCAGCAGGAGCCGAGCCAGCAGCGGCACUGAUGCCGCCCCUAGCGUCACCUCCUCCGUGGACCUGAGCACCUCCUCCCUGGAGAUGAGCAUCCAGACGCGGAUCUUUAAGAUCAUCGUCAUCGGGGACUCCAACGUGGGGAAGACUUGCCUAACCUUCCGCUUCACCGGGGGAAGCUUCCCUGACAAGACCGAGGCCACGAUCGGAGUGGAUUUCAGGGAGAAGGCGGUGGAGAUAGAAGGAGAAACCAUUAAGGUGCAGGUGUGGGACACAGCAGGCCAGGAACGCUUUCGGAAGUCCAUGGUGGAACACUACUACCGGAAUGUCCAUGCUGUGGUCUUCGUGUACGAUGUUACUAAGAUGGCUUCCUUCCGCAACCUGCAGACAUGGAUAGAGGAGUGUAACGGCCAUCGGGUGUCUGCGUCUGUGCCUCGGGUUCUUGUGGGAAACAAGUGUGACCUCGUGGAUCAAAUACAGGUGCCUUCCAACAUGGCGCUGAAGUUCGCCGACGCCCACAACAUGCUGCUGUUCGAGACGUCCGCGAAGGACCCAAAGGAGACCCAGAAUGUGGAUUCCAUCUUCAUGUCGCUGGCCUGCCGCCUGAAAGCCCAGAAGUCUCUGCUGUACAGAGACGUGGAGCGGGAGGACGGGAGGGUCAGGCUCUCACAGGAGACUGAAACCAAAAGUAACUGUCCCUGUUGAGCAAAAUGAGCUUAAGAGGGAAUGAGAGAAGGGGGAGAACAAGAGUGGGUGUCAGUGUGUAGCGGGACGAGGAGAACACGAGGGCGGAGGAAAACGUUUCGAGUUUAAAAGGCCGGUGGGGUGAGUAGAUGUGCUGAGAGCACGGUGAUUUAGGAGGAGAUGGACAGAAGAAGAGUUCAGACUAAAACAUCCCGUUUGUGGGGAAGUAGGUAACGGUACAUUUAACAGCUUCAGACUGACGCGACGCUGCCUCUUAGACUACAAUAAAGAAACUUCUUCCACUCACCUCAACGUUCAGACACUUCCCGGGAACAAGCAAGCCUCGGAUUCCUGUUCAACUCAAACGCUUAGUCCAGCGUUUGCUUUUUCAAACUAACUGCUCGACUGCCUUACGAUCAAAAUGCUGCCUCUGGCGUAGUUUUCAUGACCGUUGAGGAGAAGCAGCCUAAACAUCUAGACAGACCGUAGCAGUAGAAUAAGAUUUAGCUCUGCAGGUCGGGCUAGCCACGCUCCACUGCAGCCUCAGCAGAUCUAGCACUGGCGCAAGCAGUUUUAGGUCGGGCCAAUCACAGCGCUCUCUGUUUUUCUAGACGUUAGGUGGGCGUGGCACCAGAGCAGCAACAGAGGAAUGCGACUCAGCAAUGGCACAUGUUUGUAACGGCUCUGGAUGAUUUAGACUUUCUUUUAUUUUUUUAAAAAGGAUGUUUUUGCUUUUUCUUUGAUGGUGUACGGCAGACUGCCCGGUUGACUGAUUGCCAUGGUGAUGACUACAUCACGUUGUUUGUUGCUCUGAUUGGUCCCGCCGCUGUCCAAUUACAUUUGAAGACAGUUUGAAUGACAGCCAUAGAUUCCACCCCACGACUGCACUCUGUCUUUGGGUCGUGGCGAGACUAUGGCUUGUGACGCUUGAGGGGAAGUGGAGACGUGUUUUAACAGACCGAGAUGACCUGAAGUUCAACUUUACUCAGAUUUGUAAUACAUUUGCAGCGGUCUCUAGUAGGAAUGAAUGCCUUGUAAGUCGUACUCUGGGGGGAAAAGUUAGCCUGUUUCAGCAUAGAGAGGGGAAAGUAGCUUCAGGCGGCAGGAUCUGGAGUCUUAUUUCCUGAUAUUUUGGACAUCUCUCCUCUGAUUGGCUGACUGUUAGCUUUGCAACGUUGAUGUUUUUAUCUCCACAAAUAACACAAGCCUGAAGGAGUUCUGCUGUGUGCUGGAGUUGCUAAUGCUAACAGUUAGCUUCUACAAGCCGAGACGUUCUCUGCCGUUUCCUGGACGCUAAACCAACAACAGCCUUCCCGUCGCGAGUCAAGAUGGGUGCAUCCAAGGUGACAGUGUGACGUAGAUCCGUCAGGAUUUUCCAUCCAAGUUUAUUUUCUAUCAGAAGCUGAUGCAGGAGAUAGGUGCAGGAGACUAUUUUCACAUUCAGCCUGCAUGAAUAGCUCAGAGUGACCCGUUAUAAUCAGAAAUAAUCAUUAGAAAUGCUUUUCCAGUGAAGUUGGCCUUUAACCAAACAAGACGAGACAAAUCAGACAAUAGAUGCUCCUCAUAUUAACUCAGCCUGUCAUGGGUCCUGCAGGCUCCUUGACUUGAAGGUUUCCUCAAAACAAGCUAUUUAUAGUUCUUUUGGCAGCGUGUCACCUAUUGAUCUGAAGGAUCCUCUUACUCCCCCCAUGUGGGAGAAACACUCUUACAAGAAGGCAAGGCUCCUCUUUCUCCUGAUGCUCUCCCAUGACACGGGGCUCAGCCAGCUCUCUCUUUGUGUGCAAAUCCAGCCUCAGCCUUAUGCGACUUUGGCACAGACGCUUCGCUCGCGUCCUUUUUCCUGACGAGCAGCAGUUCUGUUUGAGUUUCUGUGGAUUUAUUCUCAUGGUAGAUAGGAUUCAGCUGCAUCGGGACCACUGCCUCCGAGAAAGAGCAGGAAAAGAAAACCGUGACCACUGUAGCACGACUUCUACGCAACGUCCAGAAAUACAUGCAGGAGUAUCCGAGGAAACGUGAAACACAACCAUAUUGAUUAAUAUUUACAGAAAGGAUGAUUUACUCGGAGAAGCCUUCCUGCUGGGCUGUGGGUGACGGAACACGCUGUACAUAACCCAGAUCGUAUAAAGCAUCAAAUAUCCUGACGGGGAAAUGUGUCCGUCACAUCUGGCACCACAGUUUAUGUUUUAAUCACCGUAGCCUGCUUUUGGCCAACGCUAUUAUCCUUUAUGUGCGUGAUUCUGUCUCUCCUCCAUGCUGGUUAACCGAUCUGUUAAACUAUUUUAUAAGUUCAAACCCUGAGAUCCAAACAAGGUUCAUCAUCUUUUUGAUCAUCUCGAGUCACGGGCAACAAUAGCCCACCAUCUUUCAGUACCAGAGUUUUCUCAGAACGUACAAAAACUGAUCCGGUCACUAGGGUCAAAAUGGUUUAUAUCCAGAGGUGGAAAGUAACGAAUUACAUUUACUCACUUUACUGUAAUUGAGUAGCGUUUUUGCAUAUUUAUACUUUGUAAGUCGUUUUUAAAAGCUGUACUUUUGCGUGAGUACGUUUUUAAAAAAGAAUUGUAAUUCCCUACAUUUUAAAUCACAUCCGUUACUGAGUAAAAACAAAUUAUAGGCUUAAUAAAUUAAAAACAUUACGAGUAGCAGCGUCUGAACCUGAGAGACACCUGCGUGAGUGCCGCGUCUAAACCGUGAGGGGGGGUGGGGGUGUACACUUUAGCUCAAAGACAUCAGUUCAGUCCCUGUGAUCCACUCGCUGUUCACCUCCUCUCUCCCUCCUCUCCUGUGGGUUGGAACCCGCACCUUCGCGCACCGGUGUGACGUCAUCAGAAUUCUGCUCGGUUCGGUAGCCGGACUCAGUUCUGUGUUUGAAAUGUGUUUCUCUACCGCUCCGCACGGAAGCGACAAAAUAACGUUCAGCGCUCCUAACAAGCGGAUUCUCAGCACUUUGCUUAUAAAACAGGAUACCUGCAGGCCUCUGAGAGUUAACACAUCCUGAUACUGUUCAGGUGUAAACAUUGUGCUCCAUCCCUGUGUUUGAACUCAGAAGAUGCUCCUUGAUGCCACACAUAUGUGAUGAUUUAGCUUGUUUCUUUAUUUUACUCCAGAAUAAGAGAUUAAAUUAUUACUAAAGCAGUUCAAUGUAGUUCAAUUAGUCAUUCACAUGAUUCUAACAUGCUGCAGUGUGUGUGUGUGCGUGUGUGCGUGUGCGUGUGUGUGUGUGUGUGUGUGUGUGUGUGUGUGUGUGUGUGUGUGUGUGUGUGUGUGUGUGUGUGUGUGUGUGUGUGUGCGUGCGUGUGUGUGUGUGUGUGUGUGUGUGUGUGUGUGUGUGUGUGUGUGUGUGUGUGUGUGUGUGCGUGUGUGUGUGUGUGUGUGUGUGUGUGUGUGUGUGUGUGUGUGUGUGUGUGUGUGUGCGUGUGUGUGUGUGCGUGCGUGUGUGUGUGUGUGUGUGUGUGUGUGUGUGUGUGUGUGUGUGUGUGUGUGUGUGUGUGUAUUACACAUAUAGGACUGCAGGAGACAGCGUGGUUUCAUCAAAUCCAUGCAUCUUAUAUCUUGGCUGAAGUAACGGCUCAGGAAAAUAACAUAUUUCAUAAAUAAUGACGUCUCUGCAGCGUCUAUGAUAAUGUUUUAUCUUAUCUUUGGUCUGGGAGGGGUAACUUAUCAUGAUACAAGCCUUUUAAAACAUGUUAAAGUGCUACAAGAGGAGAUGAAUGCAUGAAUUUAAAGUUCAUGUUUGGAGACCAACCUUCACAGUUUGGAGGCUCACGCUGGUGAGGAGACACCGUUAGUUCUAGUAACACCUGGGCUCCCAAGGCCUGUUCUGACAGGAUGGACGUUACGGGACCCUUAAGGAUUCCAGUUGGAUGAUUGGAGGAUUAUUUAGGAGGACUGGAAUGAACAAACUGAUUUCAGUGGUGAAGGGUUAAAUGAGUGAGUGAACCCACCACCAAGGAUGAACUCUGCUAACUUUAAGAAUCAGCUGCUCUAAAUAAGCAUGAAGGUCAGAGAGGAGCUCUAGGAUGGACAUGGAUACAGGAACUGUAAUGUAGAGGUAAAGUAGGGCAGGGCCGACGUUAGCAGCUGUCAUACGCUCCAUCUGAGAUGUUUGACUUUAGCUUGUUAUGUGGCAGGUUAGAGCACAGUCUCAUGUUAGAGUGUUGUCAUGAGAACAUUGAGAUACCUCACACGCUGAUGGCAUCUUAAAAUGAACUUUUUUUCUUUUUUCAAAAUAAAGAAUAAUUUUAAUCACAACUGAAACGUACCAUCCUAGAAAACCUCGUCCAAUCAAUGUGCACGUCCUGUUCUCACUGGCUGGGUAAAAAUCCCUCCAUCAAACUGUGUGUGUGUGUGUGUGCGUGCGUGCGCGUGUGUGUGUGUGUGUGUGUGUGUGUGUGUGUGUGUGUGUGUGUGUGUGUGUGUGUGUGUGUGUGUGUGUGUGUGUGUGUGUGUGUGUGUGUGUGUGUGUGUGUGUGUGUGUGUGUGUGUGUGUGUGAGAACUGGUGUGAUUUUGUACUGAUGUAGCCAUCUUUAUUCCGACAAAAAUGUAACUAAGUAACUUUUACGUUGAGUAUAUUUUAUUUAUGAUACUUUUUUACUUUUACUUGAGUACAAAUUUAGGCAAGUACUUUUACUUGUACUUGAGUAAAAAAUUAUCAAAGUAUUGGUACUCGUAAUUAAGUAGGACAUUUUAGUACUCUUUCCACCUCUGUUUAUAUCUAACCUCAAAUAUAAAAACACAACAGAUUUCACCUGGUUGUUACUCAGUAAAUAAAAACAAAGACAAAACUGUGAAGACUAAAUCCGCCCUGCUGCUUCCAUGGGAUUUAUGAGGUUCAAGACUGACCCGGAGCUCCUCUAUGAAAGACGAAGUUUGCUGCUCUGGAGCAUACAGCUGUGUGUUAACACAACGCCAAAAAGGAAAGACAUCAAUGAUCUUUUUCACCCCAUCAACCGUCCCACGGACGUCAUGGCAGGUUUACCUCAAUGAUAGACUAGACAGCAGUAGCUCAGGAGGUAGAGCGGGUUGCCCAGUAAUCGGAAGGUUGCAGGUUUGAUCCCAGCUCCGGACAGAGAAUUCCGCUAUUGUGUUCUUGGGCAAGACACUUAACCCGCCUUGCCUGCCCACCUCUGACUCUGAAAGGCGCUAUAGGGAGCCUAAGUCUACUCCUGCACCACGGGUCCCCGGAAGAACGAACAAAUGAAUGCAAGUCAACGGGGCUAAAAACGCUAUUUUGUAAUCUGCUUAGCCUUACUCCCUGGAUCACACAUGUGUUGUACUGCAAUUUAAAUGAGAAGUAAUGAUGGGUGUUUUGACCACGCCAGUCACGUACUUUGAAAAUUUAUUAGCUUGUAAAAGUUCGUAAUUAGUGGGAUUACAAACUAGAAAUGGGCACGUCGCAUAUGUGACGUCACCACAUAAUCUCCUCUCCCCUAGCGUAGCUGCUACGUACCACAUGACCAGAUUUAUGGUGCUUCUUUCCUCCUGUGGGAAGUUUGCUGAACUUACAGCCCUUUUCCCAGUUUCCUCCGUGUCUGGUUCGAUGACGUCACUUUCGUGAAGCGCAUUUGUAGUCCUGGACUUAUUUUCACACAAAACCUAAAAUAUCCCCCCAACCCCGUUUGUGAAUAAGCACGUUCUUGGUAUCAAAGUAUGUCUUUAAAAUUCACGGACAUCAUACGUGAAAUCCAUGGCGCAUAACAAACGGAAUUAGAAAAUAACAUUUUUAGCCCCGUUGACUUGCAUUCAUUUCUUCGUUCUUCCGGGGACCCGUGGUGCAGAAGUAGACUUAGGCUCCCUAUAGGCAUGAACAUGUAAAAGCCCCAUUGGGCGCAGGAAGGCAUAACAGCAUCGCCGCCAUAUUGGAUGGGUCCCUCAUUCUCAAAACCCAACUGGAUCCAACGCAGAGUGAGCAACUAUGCCUGUUUUUAUGUGCAGCCUAUGACUGCAACAAUCGACGCACUGUUGUUGACUUUUCUAGCCUAUCUGUUGGGAUUUUAUAUUUUAAUUUGUUUUAUUUUAUUAUAUUCAUAUUUUAACUAUCAUGCCAAACCAUAUACCUGAAUAAACCACAUGUCAUCUGGAACAUCGUUAUUAAGGACAGAUGGGACCAAAGUAGAGAUGUUAACCCAUAAUGCACAGCUCCAUGUUUAGAAAAUAAACUCUGUAUCAUACACAUACACAUACAAAUGGCUGACAGCAGCUGUCAGCAUGGUGGAGGAGUGCGAGUCCAUCUGGCUGACAGCUGAAGUUUGAACCAGACUGGUUCAUAAAACAGAACCCCGGUCCAAACACAGCAGCAAAUCUACAACAUGGUGUAGACCAAGGAUCUGGAAUGGUCCUCUCAAAGUCCAGAUCAACCUGACUGAAGUUCUGUUAUGGGGCCUUCAGAGGGCUGAACAGAAACAUCAAUGGACUGAAGGUUCAGGUGGAACCUGUUGUGUGUUUUUACAACUUAAAUUGGCAUCAUUUUAGAUCCUGAUUUAGACUAAAAUCUGUAAAAUGAUGAUUCCUCGGACUAGAUGAUCUUAACCUGUCCAGAGAGUUUAACUCCAGAGACUGUAAACUUUCUUAGCCUUUCACUGUAAACCUAAUUCCUCAUUCUUUCAAUCUUUGUAAACCAAGCAUCCACAGCUCGCAAGCUUUUCUUCUCUCUUCGUUUCCUCUUAACCUGUUUUAUAAAACCUGUUUUCGGCUCUGCCUCUUGUUGAAUUUGUAUUUAUGUUACUCCUAAAAUGAUGCUCUUGACAUGUUUUUCUAACUUUCUGUAUUUCUUCAGAAAGUCUUUUGUAAUAUUAAACUUAUUUCAGCUGCAGAAUCUGUGUGAACAGCAGUAGGACAGGUGGGACUCAUCUUCACAGCUUUCUGAUUUUAUUCAAACUGAGAAGAGCUUUUAUAUUCUAUCAGUUGUUUUCUUCUUUAUGUAAUAUUGUUGUUACAACCCCACAAAUGGACAUCAGAUGUAAAAUGUUGAAGAAAUGUUGCCUGACUCAGGUUUCCUCUUCCUUUUAAAUAUUUUAACCCGAUAACCUUUGUGUUUCUGUGGGAUUUUAGCAGCACAUCUACGUGUUCCACGCUCCACUUGGUAACUGCUUUCAUCAGACCGAUCCCUUUCCAGACAGAAAUAACCAAUAUCUCUUCUGCUCAUCUGUUCUCUUACUCUCUACCUUUGAUCUUGUCUUCAUUGUUCAUGUUUAUGCUGCUCUGCUGUUCUAUUUCUAUCUUCAUCCUGCUGUUUUGCAGCCCAGAGUCUCCAUGUCAUCUCCUGAUUCGCUGCUACUGCAUCUGUGUGAAAUAUUGGCUCAGUAAUUUAUGAGUUGCAGUACCACUCCCCACCACUAGAGGCUAGAGUACACUAGCAUGCAUAAAAUAGGAGUGUGAAUACAUGUUUUAUCAUGGAAGUUUCACCUGAAGAAUAAACCUGAGUUUGACAAACUUC